AUGAGCAGAGUACUGGAAAAGUAUUAUCUCCCCACCAUGUACAGCCUUGAGUUCAUUUUAGGUGCCAUUGGAAACACCGUUGUGGUAUUUGGCUAUAUUUUCUGCUUGAAAAAAUGGAAAAGCGGCAACAUCUACCUGUUCAAUUUAUCCAUAUCAGAUUUGCUACUUCUGUGCACUCUGCCAAUACUGGUGAACAGCUACUCCAACGAUCAGUGGGCAAAGGAGAGCAUCCUGUGCCACAGCAACAGAUUCCUGCUGCACGCCAACCUGUACAGCAGCAUCCUCUUCCUCACCGCUAUCAGCGCUGACCGGUACAUGCUCAUGAAGCACCCCUUCAGGGACCACCUCCUGCAGAAGAGGAGAACAGCUGUCACGGUGUCCCUGGCCAUAUGGAUUGGGGUGAUCCUGGAGCAGCUGCCGCUGUUGCAUUUCCUGGAAGCUCUAACACCUGCCAAUACCGACGAGUGUCUUGAUUACGCGAGCUCGGGAGACCCCGGGAAAAGCCUCGCCUACAGCAUGUUCCUGACGGUCUUUGGUUUCCUCAUUCCUCUCCUGACCAUGUGCUGCUUCUACGUGAAGAUGGUUCAUUUUCUGAAAAGCAGGAGCGAGCAGGUCCGCUCUGCCCUGACCCUGGAGAAGCCCCUGACCCUGGUGAUCCUCACCGUGGUCAUCUUCUCCCUGCUCUUCACCCCCUACCACGUCAUGCGCAACGUCCGCAUCGCGUCCCGGAUCCCAGCCUUGAACGUCCCCGAGUGCGCGCAGGGAAUCAUCAGCACCGUUUACAUCAUCACAAGACCCUUUGCCUUUCUAAAUAGUGCCAUCAAUCCUGUUUUUUAUUUCCUGAUGGGGGACCACUUCAGAGAGAUGCUGAUGGCCAGAACAAGACAGCUCCUGGGCAGGCUAACAACCACUGGGAAGUGA